AUGUCAGAUAUCGACAGCACCGAGCAGUCUUUCUACAAGCGCAGUCGGCUGCCGCCUGCCGAGUUCUAUGUUGAAGAGAAUCCGCGAGACUUCUUAGAAACAGCAUCUCUAAAAAGAGCACGAAUUGCGCCUGUGCCACCUGAAGAAGAAGACUUCUCCGAAGCUGUUGAUGCAGAUACAGAUACGGAAAAGCAUCCAGAUGCGGUACAGCAGUUAGAGGAUGUUGUAAAGACAAAUAGUUCGCAACCACAAGUCCAAGUGUCGCUGUCGCAGCAGGUUUUCCUCUUUGCUCCUGGCGAAGAACAAGAGCAACCAUCUUCUCCAACAAGCAGAAAGUCUACUUCUCCUGCCUCAUCUUCUUCGAGCGGAAACUAUGCUGCCUUUCUUCCAGCAGUUUUAGCACAGAAAUGCGGUUCUAAGGAGCUGCAGAAGUACGGAUACACAGGUUGGAAACAGAAGACGAUUGAUGCGGAGAUACUUAAUAAGGCGAAACCUGACGAUCCGGAUAAAGCAAACAUGCAUGGAAAGCGGAUUUUGUACGACAUGUUCGGUCUCGAGUUGAGCUGGAGCACCUUUCCAAGAGUCAAAGUAAAACAUUAUGGCGCAUGGUGAUAUUGUAAUUCUUGGUCUUCUUGUAACUUGUUCGAACGGACUAGGACUAUUAUUUGAAGAUUAUAGACUACGUGCUACUACUUCUACUAGGCACAAAUUUUUCUAAAAAACAGGAGUUGUUGGUUGUUGUUGUUCUAAUCGCAACUGAAGAAAGGCGGCCGCGCAGCUAAUUCCGGUGUCGUAGCUGGGGACUACCUUGCCACGAUUAAUGAGGUUUACAAAGUCACCGAUAUUGCGAAAUGGGCGAAAGCAGAGCGGGAGAAGCCAGACUUCAAUCCGAAAACAACUUCUCCUGCCGAAGACGCGAUAGUGUCGAAGAUGAAGGAGAAACUAGCUGAAAAACAGGACACAACUGGAGAAAAGACUAGUUGGGGAUUCGUCUUUCAUCGUGCGAAAUAUGCAAAAGGCUACUUGCAGAUCAAGAUGCCAAAAGACCUGUUGGCGAAAGUGCGCAAAAGCGCGAAGGGGUUUAGCGACAACGCAGCUUUGCAGCGUUUUUUGGGGUUGAAAAUGGGAGACGCGGCACCUGCAGAUAGUGACGAAACGGCAAAACAGCACAACCGGGUUUUCGAAGUGCUUGCUGACGAGGUCGACGACAGUGGCAAAGUAACUAAAAAGCACAGUGACAAAUGGGCUACUGCUUAUGCGAAACUUCACGCCGGAGACGAAAUCGUUGUGAUCAGUCGCAGCCACCUCGCUCCCAAACCUGCGGACGAAGCUCAUGGCUUCAAUGGAUUGCUGAAACGCGGGUUUACGGAGUCUAACUACGGCAAUGUCGACUUACUUGUGCGCAGGACUGCCGGUGACGGAUUCGCGAACGAUGAAAGAUACACGAAAAUGGACACGGGUCCAGGCUACGUAGUGGACAUACGUCGCAUCUGGAUGAAAGUGGACGAGAAAGGCGUUGUGGGCACGAGUGCGGAAAGAACUGGCACCAAAGAAGAAAUAGCUGAUAAGAUGAAGGGUGAGUACUACAAGAAAGCUGAAGAUAAGAUUGCAUCGGAUUCCAAGACCAAGAAGGAACAGGAGAAAGACAAUGAACUAAAAAAACGUCUAGCACAGAAACAGGAGGAACAGUUGCACAAGCAAAAAGAAGAAAUCAACACCCUGAAGCGGAAAAGCAGCCUUCUGUCAGAACAUCGUACCAGUUCUAAAGAUCACGAAGAUCCAGAUGGAGAAGAAGGACAAGACAACGAACAAGAUGAAGCGGGUGCUAAAAAUCCUCUGAAGCAAGUUCCGCAACGCGCCUCACCCUACACGAUGGAUGUUGUGGAGCAAGGAUCUUCUUCAACCACUACAAACACAGUCCCAAAAGAAGUUCUCCAUGCCUUAGAAGACAAGCUGCUAGCGCGUGAGCGAGAUCUGAAUGCCAGAAGUCGUUCUCUCAGCCCAGAAGUACAAAAGACUGCCGUAGAUCUGAUGUCUCCAUCGGAACGAGCCGCACAAGCACAGCAGCAUCGCUAUGUGCAAGCAAAUGCUGGAGCAGCUGCGGAUGUUAGCGACAUGACUGAUUUUUUGAAUCGACAAGCCAUGCAAGAAACCAGUAACUUUGCUCAUCUUCAACCUAUUGCUGAGAAUCUUGACGUCGAGAUGGAUCCAGGGGACAGCUUUCCAGCAAUGGUCACAGUGCCGCUUAGCAGUCGGUAUGCAACACUUGAAGCUGGCUUCAAUGGUGACCCUGACAGCAACUUUCUUCCUCCGUCUGACAUUCUCAAACCUGAACGUUCCACAUCCACACAAGCACCACCACCAGAAGCUCUAUACGUGUCUUUGUAUUUGAAAACGCUGGAUGAUCGUGCUGGCAUAUUCGGUCGCUUAGAUCAACAAGAGAAGCAGGGCUUGAACAAACUAGCAGGCGGUCCACGCAUGCAACUGGAAGCACCAUGGCAAAAGUAUGAUGCAGGAAAAGCGUCUGAGAAGCUCUCCGCUUUGAAAAAGCGCUACAGCAGGGUUUGUGAGUCUAGAAAUGCUCUAAUCCGGUUCCAGGAGUUGAUAAAGCGAACGGCACCUGGAGGGCGGUCUAGUAACUCCAACAUUGUCCCCGCGUUGAGUGCCAGACAGCGCGCUCUGGUAAUGGGCUCCUACGAUCGCGACACGGCUCAGUGGAAGGCGCCUGCUGAUGUCGGACGAAUCGGCGUUCCGGAUGCCGAGGAUCUUCGAGGUGAUCAUGAUGGGGCGUCUCAAAAGGAGAACUUUCGUGGCGAUGGUACUACUUCUGCGAAGGAUGUAGGACCGCCAUCAGGGCCAAUCAUGCCAACAAGGCAAGUGCCACCUCGCGAAGAUGCUUUGCUUCUGAAAGACGGUUUGGAUAUGACCUUCAUGCACUUGCGGAGUCAAGCUGAGCGGUUGACUACGGUUGCGGAGGAGGUAACGCGAAAAAUCACUCAAUCCCUUAACGACGCGACUGCGCAACAGCUUCUUGACGCCAACUUCAUCACGAACUCCGAGAAGGACGUUUUACAAGAACAAGAAAGUAUGCGAAUUGAGCACGGGCGCAUGAAAGACGAACUGCGCGAAGCGUAUCAGGAUGAAGAACAAGCGCGGUUUUUCGUUGAGCGACACGCGAGACAGAGCUUCUACGACCAGAUGUUCGGAAGAGGGGGAACUACAGCUCAAAAACAGCAGCAGGAAGAAGCAUUCUCUUCUUCGGGUCCUAGUGAGUUGGACCCAGAAGACGUGAUCGUGGUUCCGCUUGAUGCGGAGACACGAGAGUUGAAGAUUCCUCCGAAAGAAAAGCCUCCGAAAUGGCAACGCAUGCUGGAUGGCGGGGUCGAGCCGGAUGCGGCACCAGUCGUCUUGAACCCCUCUGCUCUGCGGGAAGCCAUAGAAGAUAUCCGCGAGGAAGUGAGACAAGAACAGCAAACUACGGUAGAAAAUGCAAGAGAGUUCUAUGGGAUGUUGAACAAGACUAGUACUAGUAGCAGUGCUCCACAAGCACAACAGCAACCUCUAGGACCGCAGGUCGACAUCGAUAUCCACGCUCUCGAAAACGUAGUGAACUUGUUCCAAGUACGUUUGGGUGACGUGAUUGUGAGAUUGCAGAUUUGCAGCGACGACUGCGGAGACCCUAGUGCCUGGGGUCAUGCGCUGAAAGGCGACAGCUUGACAUACGCACAAAGAGCUUGCAUAGUCGACACGAAGCAUUUCAGCACGAUUCGGUUGUCUUCGCUUCACUCGAAUGUGGUGCCCUUCCAUCGCAGGUUGUUUUUUGGGUUAGGAGAAGGUGGAAGUAAUUCUUAUUCUGGUAGUACUUCGAAGACUGUGGAUGCCAAUGCGACUGUUUGGCUACAUCUGACGUUCUACGAGGCUUUGCAGGAAGUGGACAGAGAGUUUCUUCGAAACACAGACAAGGCUUCGCGAAAUAAGGGAAAAGACUUUGAUGUUGAGGAUCCACUUGCACAAGCAUGUAUUCGUCUGCACAACGGAGAGCCAAGCGGAAAGCUGCAUGCGCUUCAGCCAAUCUAUUCGACGAAGGAGAAGAAACUGCUACAAGCAUUUGGCCACGACGCGUGUUUACGUGCACGGGGGGUAUUGCGUGAUCCUCCUCCUUUAUCUGGUAGUCCAGGUUUCAGUGACGAUGCUGCUGCUGGUAAUGGAGGUAUGUUCAUGCAAGACCAGAGUUGGAACGCGUCGAAUGCCGCAGAUCAAGUAAGUAACAAAGCGAUUGGCGAGCGUUGGCGUCAGUGGGAGCAGUCUGGUUUGGAAGAAAUUCCUGCCAGUGAAAACAUUCUAGCCAGAGCAGCUGCUGCCGAGAAGCGUGGAGGACUGAAUGACGACGACAGUGAGCAGCUGUUGAACAAAGCAACGAGCGACUUUUUUGCCUUUCAAAAGCAUCAGGAUGAUACGCGGAUUGCGACCUAUCGACGCAUAGACGCGCAUAUGGACGAGAAAGCUGCUACUGCAAAACGACUGAGAGAGCGAGAAGCAGAAAAGCAAGCACGUGCGAAGCGAAAAGCUGAGAAACUUCAGGCUAGGAACAGGGAUUUUACGGAGAGAGGAGACGGACCAGAUCAUGGUGAAGCAGGAAUAGAGGAGAAGGGUGGAGGUGAUUUCGGUGCAGAUUCGUUCAAGAGAAAGCUUCGUAUGAUGGAAAAAGCAAGGAGAAAACAAGAAAAGAUGAACAAGAAAGACGUUCCUGCUGCAGGGACGACAGGAGGUCCAGUUAGUGCAAUGCAGGAGCAGGGCGUACACGGACAAGAAGGCACUAAUGCAGGCUACGACCCCCACCGGGACGGAGGUCACGAUCCUCCUUCUAUACUAGCUAAAAUGUUCUUCAACUUCAAUGCGGCCCCACUCCCAAAGAUGCAGCCUGACGAAGUAGAAGAUCGUCCAGUUGAUGUGGAUGGAGAUGGGGAGCCGAUUUCUUCUGAUGAAGAUGAUUCAGAGGAGCUUGAAGACGAUGAAUCCGAUGAAGAUGAUGGAGAAGAAGGAGACGAUGGUACAAGUACAACUGGAGAGCCAGGAGACGGCACUUCUAGUAAACCUUCUACUCGUACUCACGCCAGGGCUGAGAGGACAGAUGAGAACAUAAAGCAUCGUCAUCCUUCUACCACAGAGGAAACAGCGGAGCCAUCAGAGAAGGGAAUGACAACUAUCGAGUUAGCGAAAACCAUGUUGGAAUCGAAAUCCAAACGUGCUGAAUUCGAGAUGGAGGUCCGCAAUAUGCGAGACGAGGUCCGAAUUCGAGCUGUGAUGCGGAAGGUGGCUGCUGAAGAAAUGAUGCGUGUUAGACUGUUGAGAGCAUCGCCUGCUUCAGCAGCAUUUGGAAGCAACUCCAGAACAUCUCAAAAUGGACCUGACACGCUCCAUGCAGACGAGAAAGUUGAGUUGCGAAAACGAGUCAAAGCCGCUGGUCAGAACGAGCUGCGCCGUUUGAAGAACGAGCGUGGGCAGCAUGGCGAAUUACCGGUGACUGAACAAGAACUGUUAGAUCAGGCAAUCCGACACGCUGAACCCGUCAUGCGGGAAGCCCAAAGAAGGGCAACCGAUGCACAAGGAUCUUUUUUGCAUCAUGGCGCGGAUGCAGUACGAACUGCGAUGAUGGACGCGAACAAUGUCGUUGUGCCGCUUGAGCAAGUGCUUGAAGUAAUGGUGGAGUACGAGGAACAUGCUAAGGAGAUGAAGGCUAAAGGUAUUGAGGAAAGGGAUCUCUUUCAUGACGAGAACGGCAUGCUGAGGAAUAUCGACCACCUUCGUCAAGACGUUAUCGGAGGAGGUAGCAGUAGUAGCUUGAAGAACAAUGAUGUUCUUGGACUUGGUCGUGGUAAAGGUAGACGAGGACCUCACGCUCACCGUGACCACAGUGCUGGCAUUGCAUCAGAAGAGGGCCCUCCGGAUGAAAACGCCCCACGUCGUCCAGUUUCCGAUGCCCAUGUGGUAGUCUCACCAGAAGUUCGAGAGGCAGCGAGGAAGCGCCGUGUUCAGAUAGACGAGCAGACUGAGCAGGAAGAUAACAAGGGUUUCCUAGGCAAUUUUGGUCAAGGCAUCUUCUUUUACCCCGAAAACGAAGAAGAUGAUGAUCAUGAACAUCGAAGAGGAGGAGGAGGACACACUUCAACUUCAGCAACGUCUAGAACAACCUCAUCCUCUGCAACGGCUGAACAGUCACAUGAUUGCUCUUCCAAAGCGAAACCCAAGAAGCGUACUUUCAAGAUCUGCACUUCAGGCUGGUGGGGUUGCUCGGCUGGUGAGGACAGUGAUGACGAUGCAAAUAAUGGCGCGAACAGGAAUCGUGGCCUGAAAAACAGUCAUUACGACAGCACGACGUCUGCUCAACUCCGACAUCGUCAGCUUCAACAGCGACUUGGCCCUUCGUUUCUAGACGGUCGUGAAUGGAAUGGAACCAUGGACGACUUGGAUGAUAUCAUGCGACAAACAAGAAACCUUCGCGUUGACGUUCCUGCACCAGACGUCGACAUCUUAGACCUACUCGAGAACGGGGAAGUUCCCAGUGCAGAGAUGCUAGCGCAGUGUGCUCAACACGCUCACAACGAACACAUGGAGGAAAUGGAGACUCGACAAAAAAGGUACGGAGCUCAUUUUCAAGGUUACUACUUGAAGGAAGCGAAGAAGCAGUACUUGGUGGAGGCACAGAUCGACCAUGAGGACUACUAUGAAGAGCUGGAGCGGCGUGCUAGUAUUGUAAGCAGUGACGAAGGACAAGAACAAGAGGGCGGAGGAAAAGAAGUAGAUCUUCCCUCCUCCAGGUACACGACCACUAGCACUGCCAACAACAACGAGGACGACGGCCGCUACACUAGAUACGUCGACGGAAGUUCCACUACAGUAGAUGAUAUCAACUAUCGAGGCACGGAGAGGAAUUUCAGACGCAUUGUCCCUGGAAUGGUCAUUGAGGACGCGCGGAUCAGAGACACGAGAGACGAUGAGGGUGAAGGCACUAUUGCUCCUGAUGAUGUCGGUGCUGGCUAUGGUGGAUUCUUUCCGACGAACUUCUUUGGCUUUGGAGUUGGUGGAAAGGCAAAGGAUGAUGAACAACCACGCACAAGCAAGAAGAGCACAGCCGCGUCUUCAACAUCAAACUUCUUCGGAUUCGGGAAGAACCUAGUUCCAUCUACUGAUUUUGGCGGAACGAUCGGUGCUGAUGUGGCCAAUGCGAAUGCAAUUUUAGGAGGAAUCUUUGGCCAAAAUGGUCAGCGACAAGUGAACUUUGCUGAUGAUGUGGUGGAGAUUUCUCCAGCAUCCUCGUCUAGAUCACCUGGCUCUUCUCCAGACGACGUAGCCUCUCGUCUGAAGCGCGAACUCCAACGCAAGAUUGUCUCGCCGCAUGACAUCGCUAAGCCGGACAUGAGUUUGCUUGGCGCAGACAGCUUGAGUUUCGGAGGUUCUCAGACAGCGAAUGAAGUUCUACGUCGCCGUAAAGCAGCUGAGCACGCGCAAACUGCGUAUGAGGAGUUUCGCGCCAACAAGGCUAAGGAGAAGAAAACGCGUCUAGACGCAGAGAAAGCGAAAGUUCAUGCAGAGCGAUCAGAAGUCGCAGAAGGACAUAUUCGAGAAGCUAGCGCGUUACGUCUUCCGCCUAAACUCCAAUGGGUAGGCAUCCCGACGCCGAAUGUCUUGCCGAUAACCCCUGACAAAGCAGCGUGUCUGAUUGAAGAUUUUGAUCUCGAAUUGUUCCCAGAUUACGAAGACGCAUUGGAUUUUCAUAAUGUCUUGACAGAGUUGCGCAGUGCAGACAAUGUGUUUCAACUCCUCCAAUUCAAGAAAUUUCGCCGAUUUCGCUACAGCUUGACGGAUCUGUAUUCGAAGUUGUUCACUUUGCAGCAUGACGGGUAUUUAGCUCGUGGCCCUGCUGCCCGACAGCAAGAACACGCACAGUUGGUUCUCGAGUACGCUUUAGCGGUGGCGCGUGAACCACGUUUGCCUUUUGGCAAUCUGGUCAGUCAAAUCGCAGCCUUACUCAUCGACUGUCUGCGUAAGUUCCCCUGUAAUCCGUUCUUGCACUUUUGGGGACUGGAGGCCUUGCUGAACAUAGUUCGGCAACAAAAGCAGAUGGACAAGUUAGCGGUGAUGGAAAGGGAUGCCAUGGAGCUGAAAGCGGAAAGAAGGUUAAGUAGAGAAGAUUGGUUUGCUAAUUGUGAUUCAAGACUUUCAUGUAACUAUAAUUUCAUUUUGAAAGAAGGCUAACUAGAGAAGAUUGGUUUGGUAAUUGUAGUUCAUCAAGACUUUCAUUUGUCGCUCGGUUUGCUUGCUCUUCUUUGAAGGUACAGGCAGACUGAGAUAACCUCCCACUCAAUAAGUCAAUUUGAGCAUCGAGGUUACAUGACAUGACAUGACAUACUUAACUAUUUAAUUUCAUUUUCACUAGUACCUCUUGCUAGUGCUACUCAGCAGGAGGAACACAUCAAGAUCUUCAAUUUGAGAUUCUUCUUCUAAGACCCCAGUUACAGGCGAUGACCUCCGCGACGGGGGCCAUGACCGUGACGCACGUUGCAAACGUUGGCACCAAAUACGAGAAAGUGAAAUCCACAGCACCAAUGGUUGAGACUGCACUGAGUAUUUUGCCACCAGAAGUGCGCACAGACGAGGAAGAUGCUGACGCAGUUGCUGCGACUGACAAAAACCCCAACCGCAUGCGCGAUUAUCUUGCAGCAUUUCUGUGCCGUUCUGAGUAUCCUGAGGCGCUUGGAGUGAUCACCUGGGACUCGAUGCAACUGGAGAAGGCUGUGGUGCGGAACAAGGACACGACAGCGCGUCAAAAAGUUCGUGAUCUUUUCGGCUUCGUCUUGGAUUGGCGCGAUUUUCCUAGGGUCAGGGUUCAGAGCGUGGAAGACGAGAAACCGAUAGUCUUCAAAACCACGCAGGAAGACGAGGACUACGCAGCAAAACACAAGACGAAGAGCGGUGCCGAGAAAGCGGCCGUUGCGGCACGAGCGGAAUUGGAGGAGGACGCACCGAGAUCAGCGGCCAAAGCUGCUGGGGUUGGAGAAGGGGACAUUUUGCUCAGAAUUUGCGGUGAAAAAGUGUCGAGUAUGAUCGACUGGCCUGGUGACAAUCCCGAUGAAGCUUUGCUUGCUCGCUGUGUCCAAUGUGUGGCGAACAAAAAGCCUUACUCUUUCCACCUUUUGAAGAGGAAAAACGAAGCAGAAUAUUUGCAGCUCGAGGCUCACCGUCCAGACCUAGGUUUCAAUGUAGAACUUGGUCCGAGGGGCUUUUUGGUUACGCGUGUAACCGAACGGACCGGUUGGGCUGCGCGCAAUGGUGUCCGAUUAGGAGAUAUGCUUGUCGUUUUGGGGUCCACACUGUUGGAGCCGUUAGGCAUCGUCGACUGGGGAAGUCUGGAACAUGAGGUAGAGAUCGAGCUGAGCCUGAGUCGUGGGAGACGACCGCUGUCCUUGCUGUUUCGUCGGCCGAUUCUGAAGGCAGCCACGUCAGAGGAUGAAGGUCUAGAAGACGGAGAUAAGGAGGACAAAAAGCAGGAUGCUGUAGGUGGCUACCCAGACGCUGUCCGAAACGCCAAUGAGCCGGAUCUUUCGCCAGCUAUCAUUCCAAUCCGGUGGCGACAUGCGGAUGAACACUACGCGUCGAUCGUGACUCGUGGCAGCCUUGCUGACAGAAUUUUUAGUAUGUCCUCAGCACUUGGAGGCAGUAGUGUAAAAAAGGGUGUCGAUGAUAAAGACGAUAAGAAGAAGUCAUCUUCUUCUAGCAAGGACAAGAAAGAGGACAAGGACAAGAAAGAUGACAAUGAUAGGAAGGAAAAGAAAAGCAAGGAUGACGACAAAAAGGACAAGAAGGACAAAAAAGAAAAGAAGGAGGAAAAAGAACCAAAGGCUGAUGGCGUCCAAUGGAGCAAUAUGCUAUUUUACCCUGAGAAGAAGGGGAAGCCUCCAGGUGGCGCUACGGGUAAACCUCCAGGUUCUAAAGCGAAAGCUAAAGGAACUGGUAAGGGUCCAAAGGGAGGAAAAACUCUCCGAGGCGGUAAAGGUGGCAAGACUCCCAAAGGAGGUCUGAGGCCUCCUGGUGCUGGCUCUCCUCCUGGGGCCAGAGGUAUGGUUGGCGGCAAACCUUCUUCUCUCAGUUCUCCUCGAGGAGCAGCAGCACCUAGUACUCAACUUCUCAACAUUCCUUCUAGUACAGGACGACAAGGCGGUCCUCCAUCAAGUGGAAAACCCGCUGGUGGGAUCGCGAGUGUAGCAGCAGCACUGUCAGCUUCCGCGGCUCCUUCGAACAGCAAGAGCGCCAUUGGGGCAACGGCUAUAGGCGCUACGGGGGUUGGAGCAACCGCCAUAGAUCAGAACAAUGACAAGGGCAAUCGAGAGGAGCGGAAAAAGGCAAGGCAAAUGCGAGAGAAAGCUGAGAGGAAUGCGAAGCUAGAUGUCGGGAACCUCCUGGAGGGCACGAAUAAGGACUUGAACGAAGACGCCGUGCCAUUUAUGAGAGGAUCUCUUUGAUCGAGCGAAUUCGUAUAGGUACUCACUCUUUCAUGAUUUGGACUUGUUUGCACUCAGUCGAACAAGCCUUCUGAGACGAGCCAAGAUCGAAUACUUUCUACCUGUAUUACUGCCUCACCCCGAACCCAGCCAAGGGCAAGAGGAGAUCUCCCGGUCUUCUUCUAAUCCCUUCCUCCCGUCCACCAAGUCCAAGAGGAGAUCUCCCGGUCUUCUUCUAAUCCCUUCCUCCCGUCCACCCUGGCCAAGAGGAGUUCUCCCAGUCUUCUUCUAAUCCCUUCCUCCCGUUAAGUAUUAGUGCCUCACUCCGAACCCAGCCAAGUCCAAGAGGAGAUCUCCCAGUCUUCUUCUAAUCCCUUCCUCCCGUCCACCCUGGCCAAAGUGAAGCAUGAGAAUCCGAAGGAGCUAGGACUUACCGGCUUCAACAUCGACAUCAAAGACUUCGGUACUGGCGAUUGCUUGAGGGACCCUAGCUUAACAGCAUCAGAGAAGCUUGUCCAUUAUUUCGGCCUCGAGUUUUCGUGGGCGGAGUUUCCGCGCGUCCGGGUGACCAAAGUGGAGAAGUACUCACCGCGAAGAACGCACAAGAGGAAAGCGUUUUCGAGAGGGGUGCAAGAGGGUGAUUUGCUAGUCGUUUUCUCCGGACAUCCGAUUUCCAAUGUCGCAGAAUGGCCCACCACUCCGAAGUUGCAGGAUACGGACGCAGCCAGACGACCGCCAGCACUGUUAAGUCACGCAGGCAAGAUGUUGGGGGUUGCUGGAGCUAGAUCUCUGGACAGCGCGAACGAUCCAAACGAAGCUCUGAUUCAGAAAUUCAUCUCAAACGUCAACGCGCGGAAGAAACCCGCAGGAAACUUCAUGUUUUUGAAGGCGCUGUACCAGCAACAGUACGUACAAUUCGAAGUAAAAGCGAAAGCUGGGAUGGACCUGGGUUUUGUGCUGAGUCCACCUGCAGAGAUCGAUAUAUUCGAUGAACCAUUAUGGAUAUUGGUUACAUAAGUUGCUCUUCAACAUUCUUUCGCCUCUGCAGCAGUAGCAGAAGCAGUACGUCGACAAUACAACCAUAAGCAAAAAUAAAGUACAACCCUAUCAUGUUGUAGCUGUUGCUUCAAACUUUUUUGUUCUCAUUCUAAUCCACCCUCCCAAAUCCAGAAAGCCAGAGGAGGUUGACGAAGCCACAAAAGCAGCACGGGAGGGGAGCUUUUUCGUCACUGCUGUGCAAGAAUUAGUCCACCCCUCUCUGCGUGUUGCAAGCAACUCCGCUAACAAGACCUGGGCCUACAAAAGCGGCAUUCAAAUCGGUGAUCGCCUGGUUGCUGCUUACGAUAUCGAAGGCGACGAGACUAUCAUCUCUUCUGUCAACGCCAAAAAGAUGCUACAGCUAACCGGUAUCUACGGUAGACGGCCUUGCCAUCUCUUUUUCCGACGUGGUUGUAAAGGCGCGCCGAAGCCGAAGAAGGUGAAGCAGCCAGGAGACUCGGACUCGAUGAGCGGCGCAAGUUCUGAAGAAGAAAUACCGUUGGAUCAACGUGGUUUCCCCUUCUUGAUCCAACAGCACUGCUGGAAGGCGGUUAAGGACCAACUCGCAAAACUUCCCACUGCUUGGCUCCUACGUGGAGCGGUUCUCGCGGACGCAACCGCCGAAGCAGAACUUCUGAAACAACAUGGAGACCAUUACAAGGAGUUGCUGGACAUCCAGGACCAAACUUUUUUGACGGGUCGUGGCGCUCCAGGACUACUUUCCGUCUACAAAGGCCGCGACACAUUGCGGAAGAACAACUUCGGACAUGAUCCACUGCACGUUGGUCCCCAAGCACAGGUGAAGCGGACAAAGCAAGUUGUGCAGGACAGGCUAUGGCAGGACGUCGAAGAUCUGGAGGAUUUUGAGGAGUUGAUAGCGAAACACAAGGAUGAUCCUGAGAAAGUCGCCGAACUGAAACGUGAGGCUGAGAUACGGAGAGAACGAAUUAGGGUCAUGCGGGCUGAGUUGCGAAGUGGCGAUGGAGAACAAGGUGGAAUUCUAGUAGAACACAGAGCAAAAGAGAACUUGUCUUGGAUGGAAGCGGAACGGAUGAAGGACCCUAACUACAAGAGACAGAAGGAACAAGACGCUGCCAAAGCGAAAGAAAAACCGACAAAAAUUUCCUCCAGUUUCAAACCGAAACAUCCUUUGGAAGAUUUGAGCUCAGUACCAGUGCCGCAUCACCGUCAGCAAUUUCAGAUCGUGGUUUUCCAGUACUUGAGCAUAGGGAUGAGGAUCCAAGAAGAAGUUUUACAAUGGCGAAUCUUAGAUGCUUUGGCAGAAACGAUUCACCCAGACUGCAUCAUCACUCACGAGCACAUAGAUUUUGCACUAGAUUUGCUCCAGGGCAAAGAACGGAUCGCUCGGAGGCUGGAACAAGAAGACCGUCAGGCAGCGACGGCGGUCAAAAGCGUAGUUGCAGAAACUAGAAAAGCAUGGGGAAGAGGAGGUGGAGGUAGCAAAGAUAGCACUAGCAUGUUGUUGGAUGAGGCAGGAGAUGACGUCGUAUCUCUGAUGGAUGAGGUCGUGGGUAGCUCUAGAAACACCGAAGCCGAAGCGAAGGAUGAGGAAGACGCAGCAAAACAGCGUGCGAAGAGGGAGCGCGAAGCUAAAAAGCGCGGCAUCGAUGCGGAUUUGAUCGAGAUGGGACCAGCGGAGCUGAGGGUGAUAAAUCGGAAGCGCGAGAGAGAAGACGAGCUCUUCUGGCGGAAGUACAAGGCGGUAAUGAUGCACCGCGAUAGUCAGGCUGAUGCGAUUUCUCUAGGUAAAAGUCCAGAAUAUUCCAUUUCGCUACGACAGGAGCGACAACGAUUUCUCACGGUGCAGAGCUACGAAGUCUUCUUUUCGAUUCUCCUGAGCGCGAAGACCGCCCAUCGGCUACUGGAACAGCACGCUUUCUGCCUGAGAGCACUUUUGCGGUACAAAGCAGCACCUCGGAUGCUGACCAGAGCUCUUCUAGUGUUAGGGAAUCUGUAUGAAUUAGCGUUGGUUGUCUUGGAAAAAGAGCAAGAUAAUGUUCUGCUACUCCGACCAUUGCAGAUGCACGGAGUAUCGAUGGAACAACGGACGUUGGAUGGCGCGCCAGUUCAUGCAAGCGCGAUCGAGCCAGAGUGGCGUUCCGAAGACCAACGCAUAGCGCUACAACUCCUCAAGCGAGCUGCUGAUGAGAACGUUUUGCUAUUGGGCACUGGUGAUGUUUUACUAGACGAGGGAUCAACAUCUUGGGUCAAGAAGGGCUUUCAGCAGCUGUUCGGAAGCAAUCAAGUAUUAAGCGGGGGCUCAGAGUAAUUCAUUUCCACACUUCAUUCUUCAUCUUCUCUUUUUUGUUCUUCUUCUUGAAAUACUGAGAACGAGAAGAUCGAUGAACCUAGGAAAUGAAUUUCUUGAAGCUCCUCUAAAAGCGGAGGCUCUAUCCUCAACUGACCGAACAAGAAAAGGUCUAGGCGUAGGCGGAAUAGACCCAGUCAUGUGGAUGGAUGAUCCUGCUGGGACCGGCGACGGUUUGUUUGACCUCACAAGCGUGAACUUCGAAGGUGGUGGGGUCGAAAAAUUUGCUGCAGAAGCGCGACAAAGAGCUAAGGAGCAAGAGGAAGCGCGAUUGAGAGCUGCGAGACCCGGUGGAGGAUCGUUUCUAGAGGGUAUUGGAUCUUUUUUCAGUGGUGUGAUAAAUCGGGUCGGGGGAGCAGGUGUUGGACGAGGGUCGUCUUCGACUGGUGGUGGUGGAGCUUCCGAUGAAGUAGCAUUAUCUGGUGACAACUUGCGUAAAGCAAAACUGCUGAAAGAGAUUACAACCACGAAUCUACCGUCAUCGAAAAAAGUAAACAAUCCACCUACUGCUGUUCGGGAACAUCAAUUAGAUGCACCUCAGAUUGGAGGACGAAUAACCUUUGCAGACCAAAUUCGAGUCCAGAGAAAUCAACAUCGGAAGAUUGCAUCUCUCAUGGACCUAAUGUGUCAAAUCCUAGAUCUCACUCCCGACAAUCGCAAAGUCGCCGGGGCUGCUUUGCGCGUAAUGGCUUUGCUGUGCUUUUUGUCAAAGUCUCAGGUCGUACACGUAGCAACCAGUAGUGUCAACACAGGUGGAGGAGGAGGUGCUCUAGGUGGAGGAGGAGCUGCAGCAGCCAGUACAUCUUCUAAGGUUGCAACUGCAGCAGGAGCAACUACAUCUUCUCCAACGAGCAACUACAUUGGCUUUGGAGCUUGUCUACGGAGUGUCCAUUUCGCUGUGAAACGCCAUCCAGAUAGUCAAUCGGUCCUAAAACAUGCUUUGCAGAUCUACCAUGCCGUUGCCAUGCACGAUUUGAGACUUGGCACCUCCUUGGGGGAUGUCCUCAGAACCUUAAUCACGAUGGGAGGACUAUUGAAGGAUGACCUCGAAGCCAAGCACUAUUUGGUGAACACGAUUCGUAUCUUAGCAGAGGGAGCAGAGAACGUGACGGAAUUUGAACGUCCACUAGGUCUUUCGUUUUUGAACAUGUUGGAUGCCUAUUUCGCAGGACCAACGGGUCAUCUGAAGAGUGCGUAUGUACUCGAUAGUACUAUGGGAGAAAAAUGUGGUCUAGGUCUAGCUGGUGGUGGGAAAGACAACAACAACGUCGAAGAACAAAAGCAAGACGCUGGGGACAAGAAUAACCAAAGCAAUCCUUCUUCAGCCAGCACUAUAGAACAACUUUUAAUCCCUCUGCUCGAAGCUCUGACUCUAUUUUCGCAUGAGAACGCCAAGUUGCGUGCUGUCCUGCUGCCUGGUCUGAAGUACCCUGUCCGCCUGCUCAACGAGGACCGCCUACCACUCAGCGUGCAAGCGAAAGCCGCCAACUGCAUCAAAGUCUUGGCCAUGGCCGCAAACGACGAGCAACUCCAACAUCCUUUGAUGCACGUAUUGGCAGAGAACAACGGCUUAGCAGUCAUUCUCAAGAGUGGCAAGAAAUACGUCUCUGCUUCGACCCCAAUGUGCCUCGAAUACCUCUCAGCAUUGGCGAAUCUGUUCCACUGUACGACGAUUCGGGACACGAUAUUCGGCAAAGAGUACAAAGAGCAGUCUGAAGCGUUUGUUGAGUGGGUGAUCACAUUGAUGGAGGAAAAUGGGAUUGCGGAUGUAGACGUCGUUGCGCAAGGAUUUCGCUUGUUUGGGUCGCUGACACGCUACGAAGACAACGAAAAGUUGGAGGACGAAGUCAUUGAAAUGUACUACUUAUUCCAUAAUUUUUCAUCUAGUGACAGAAAAUGAUUAUGUUUCGAAUUCAAAAACAUCGACUGGAAAUCAAAUUUUUUUCGAUCAAAGAUGUUGUAAUGAAGAGAUGAGUGCUCUUCUACCUAGUUCUCCAAGACCCUCUGUAAAGGAACUACAUCUGCUUUACCUCAGGUUUGUCCUCUCGCCUUCGAACAUGGCCCGUCUGCGGUUGUUGGUGAAUAAUUGCCUUCUCCUAAGGAAUAUCGGCGUGCCUCCGUUUCAAUUUCUGGAAGACCUAGCAAGGCAACAGCUAGCCGGUAGACCACUCGCAGGCCGCAUUCUGUCGCCAGAAGGCCACGUGCUAUUGGAAGAGGAGUUCGAAAAAGAAGAUUUUUGGCUGUAGAAAGUUAGCGAAACAAGAUGUGAGAGAACCUUUUUGAUGAUUAUUUCAGAUACGAUGUCCUCCGUGACCGUGUACAGUUUGUCUUUGUCAAAAAACCUUAAAUAUGAUUCCUUCAAUACUGGUGUAAUGAAUCCUAGUUUCCGUUUCGUUUUUGUUCUUAAACAAAGAUAACGCCGUAAUAUCAUAUGGCCGGUCAACAUAACUAUUUCCGAGAUUGAUGAGUUCUUUUUCUCUCUGAUGUUUUCUAUUCCGAAUAUCCUACCAAGCGAGUGAUGAAAUUCUUACACAUCAUGCUCCUUAGAAUUGGGUGAGAAAGACGAGCACGAGUAGAUCCAACUUCAAUGAAUACUUCCAAGAUCAUGCUGCAACAGGUAGUGAUCAUGCACCAGGCGGUGUUGGUGGUAAUAGCACUUGACAGAUGCACAGUUAGAUCACGACGAUGAGAGCCUUUUACACUGACAUUAACAAGUUCCAAGAAAUUAACAACAGAGACAAAGAAAACAAAAACAUUAACAAUACUUCACAUCCCACUAGAAUCAAUUGCAGCGACAUUCGCACUUUGAUGUUCGAAGCAAG